GAAUUUCUCACUACAAAUUUGGAAAUUGCUUUUGAGUGUGUGAGGCCUUUCACUUCUGUUAUAGUAUAGUAGUAGAGAUGGCCUUACACUUGACAUUGGGGUUCGCUUUCGGUCUUUUAGGUAACAUCAUAUCCUUUCUGGUCUGCCUUGCUCCCAUACCAACUUUUUAUCAAAUUUGCAAGAAGAAAACUAGCGAAGGAUUUCAAUCUCUUCCAUAUGUGAUUGCAUUGUUUAGUGCCAUGCUUUGGCUGUUCUAUGCAAUUUUUGCAGCGGAUGCCAUUCUUCUAAUCACCAUCAACUCCUUCACAUUUUUCAUGGAAAUUGCCUACAUUUCUUUUUACUUUUUCUAUGCCUCCAAGAAGGAUAGGAUUCUCACCAUGAAACUUGUCCUCCUGUUUAAUGUUUUUGGGUUCGGUAUCAUAAGUAUCAUAGCUAUGUUCCUAAUUCAUGGCAAAGAACGUGUCAAAGUUCUGGGAUGGAUUUGUAUGAUAUUUGCUCUAUGCGUUUUCGUUGCACCUCUUGGGAUAGUGAGAAAAGUUAUAACAACCAAAAGUGUCGAGUUCAUGCCUUUCUCUUUAUCAUUCUUCCUCACAUUGAGUGCAGUCAUGUGGUUCUUCUAUGGUUUUCUAAGGAAAGACCUUUUCGUUGCUAUUCCAAAUAUAUUAGGAUUCAUGUUUGGCAUUCUCCAAAUGCUGCUCUAUGUAAUCUAUAGGAAACCCAAGAAAUCCUUGGAGAAACCAACACUUGAUAAAUCAUUUGAACACGUUAUUGACGUUGCAAAGCCGGAUGCAACUAUUUGCUGCGAGCUAAACACUGGCCAUGAAGUUGUUGAAGAUAAACUUGUCAAGGAACAGGCCAAGUAAAUCAAUCUAGACGAAGAUCUCUCCGAGACAGUAUAAGUUUUAACAACCAAAUUAACGGGCAAGUUUUUAUCUACCAAUCAAUCCCAGGAAUAUCCAAUAUUAAUUAUCUAUGCUUGCACUUCUAUGUAAUUUGGUCUGCAAGAAAAUAAAAUACUACAUAAAAAUAAGUAUAUAUCAAGAUUACAUCACUCGAUUUCUAUAUAAUUUCAUUUCAACUAGUUUGAGAGUAAAAUUUAGUAGUUGUUAUUAUUUAUAUUACAGUGAAAUAAAGCAUUAAUUUAUAUUACA